AUGUUCCACAACCAAACUACUGUGGAAUUGCAGCAGCAUCAGCUGACAGAGGAGGAGGAUAAGAACAAGAACAAGAAGAAGAAGAAGAAGAAGAAAGAUGGGAGGCUGCAAAGCACUCAUGAAUCCAGAAGCCCAUUACAGGAAUUGAACAGAGUCACCAGCAGAAGAAUCAACCCUGCAAAAAAGAAUUGCUGCACCACUACCACCAUUAGCAGCAGUAGCAGCAGCAUUUGUUCGUCUUCUUCAACUUCUGUUUCCAUUGAUGCUCCCAAGUGUUGCCUCAAGUUUCUGCUUUCCUCCACGUCAAACUCAAGACCUCGCUCCUCUUCUUCUUCUUCGAGUUCCCAUCUUCAGAAGGAUCCCAAUUUCAAACUCAGAAAUAAACCCCUCCUCACCAAGUCCACCCCAAAAUCAGCUCCUAAUUCCUCCAGGCCUAGAUCUAAUAAAUCCAUUGCUAACGAAAAUGAUGUGCCCAAACAACCCUCUUCACAAAGUUUUAGAAAAAACCCUUCUUUCCUUUCCCAGUGGCAAUCCGGUAGAAGGCCCACUUCAAAAUCUGCUUCCCAAAGGUCGAAACUUUCUUCUGAUUUGAGGGCAAAUCUGAAGAGCCCAGCAUAUGGAUGUUCUGGAAGAUUUGGUGCUGGUAAUCAACAACGAUUGAAGCAGAAAUAUCAACAAAGCUGCGGUGAGCCUGGUUUGCAUUUCAAUGUUGCUGAUGAUUUGGUAGACGCUGACAAUUUUACUCCUGUUGGCAAAGUAGCUUGUGGGCCUAGUUUAAAUUAUGCACUAGUUGUUGAUGAUGAUGAGAAGUCUGCGGGGGAAGACUCAAACUCUGGUCAUGGUACUAUAGUUGUUAAAAAAACCCCACCUAUUGAGGCCUCGUUGUCUCCUGAGAUCCAAUGUGGCGGGUCAUCUAAUCCUGUUCUAGGUUCAGCUGCAACACCUGUUUGUUAUGGUGCCGGGCAUCUCAUUUCCGGGGUCACGGAUAAAAGAAAAUGUAGGGCUAGGGGGAUUUUAACUAUAGGGGGUCCUACUGAUUCAUCUGAUUGUGGAAAAAGUAGUUUUUGUAAGGAUGAUAGUAAUGAAAAUGCUGAUGUUCUCUUUACCAAGUCAAGAACUUCUUUAAUUCCUUUGCCUGCUGAGGCUUCAAUGAAAUGGUUGUUAUCUCCACCUGGUAAGGAAGAUGAGGUUCAGAAAGAUAAUAAUGCAAAUUCUGAUUCACCAUUUACGGGCUCAGCCUCAUUGCUUCUUUCAUCCCCACCUUCAUCGUGCUGCCAACUUUCUUCUGAUUUAGUUGGUGAUAGUGGUGAGAAAAAUGGUAGUGGCAAUCAGGAUGCCACAGCAAGUACGGGGAAGACUAGGAUAGUGUUAUUAUCUCCAAGAAGAAUUACUAACUUUGAAGACUUUUCUCAUACCCCAUAUGAGAAGAAUGGAGGUUCGUUGAUCACCCCCCAGACUAAGUUUAGUUGUAAGACCGAUAACAGGCAAAAAGGAGGCGAGAGAUCUUAUGCUUUGAUAGGGAAGAGAACUCCAUCUUCGGGUGAUCCCUUGAGUGGCAGUAACAUUAUUCAGACUCCGACAUCAGACUCUAGUCCAGAUAGGAAUGUUGGCAUUUCCUGGAUAAGUGCAGAUGAUUGUCAAGCAAAUGAAGCUAAUCCUGUGGUGGACUCCAUGGCAGAGAUCUUUCAUAGAAUAAGUGUAUCUCCAAGAAGUCAGAUGCAAAUGUGGGAUCCUUGUGGUUUCAGUUCACAGUUCACUGGCUUGACUUCACCCUCCUGUUCAACAGACCACAUACAGCUUCAACAGAAUUUGGAUACUCGAGUUUCUUGGAUUUCUGAUACCACAGUAGGGAACUUGUCAUUGUCUCAAAUGAGGAUAUCGUGGAGGGAAGGUUUAGUGAGUAGGAUCUUGGAUACUGAUGAAUUAGAUUGCUGCAGAUGCUUGUCAGAUGAAGAGAAUUAUGGUGAUAGAUCUGAUGAGUUACAGCAUAAAUCACCAAAAGCUUGUGGAACGGAUUCACUUACAAAUGGCAAUCCCAGAUCUCCAGAGUUUCUUGAGCACGAACCCGAAAUUCUUAUAAAAGGAAAAGAAGCACUGUCUCUUGUAGGGACUAACAUCUGUGCGGAAUCCAUCAGCACAGAUGCAGGUGGUCUGGUUGCUUCUGGAGAUUCAGAUUGGACCCUUAGCUACAAAAACCAAUUGUUCGAAGUUUAA